CAUUCAUGACGUCGGGAGUAUACCAAGAGAAACGUAUCCAUCGCACUCCCCAAGGAUCUUCUUCCCGUCAUCGUAUUUGCGCGACAAAUCCCAUCCAAUUUAUUCCAACGUCGAGAAGUUGGCGGCUUAGCGAGCGAAGGUAGCGCGGUCGGGCGGAGCAGGAGUUAACGCGAGUGACAGGUGGUUUGACGUUUGAUCGUCGCCAUCGUCAUCAGAGACAGCGCGCGGCCUGCCAUAUUGCGCGUGAUAUCCAGUGAUAUCGGGGGGACGAAACGUCGUUUACGUACGUGAUACUCGAUGACAGAGUGAAUCGCCUACGAAGGAGCAACGUUCGAGUUCGCGGAGUGUUUACACAACGCCGUACUCUUUGCGAGCCGUCUCUUCCAACCUUGCAGCAAUAUAAGCAAUCAUCCAAGCGACGCUGAUACACGAACGUGUGCAAAAUGUCGACCGGUCCAUAUAAUUAUUCCUAUAUCUUUAAGUAUAUCAUUAUAGGAGAUAUGGGAGUAGGCAAAUCGUGUCUGCUUCAUCAGUUUACAGAAAAGAAAUUUAUGGCAGAUUGUCCACAUACUAUCGGAGUCGAAUUUGGGACUAGGAUUAUUGAAGUAGCAGGGCAGAAGAUAAAACUGCAGAUAUGGGACACUGCUGGGCAAGAACGAUUUAGAGCAGUUACUAGAUCGUAUUAUCGGGGAGCGGCUGGAGCUUUAAUGGUGUAUGAUAUUACACGCCGUUCAACUUACAAUCAUCUCAGUAGCUGGCUGACAGACACAAGAAAUUUGACAAAUCCAAGCACUGUUAUAUUCUUAAUUGGUAACAAGAGUGACCUUGAAGGACAACGUGACGUUACUUACGAGGAAGCAAAACAGUUUGCCGAUGAACAUGGUUUAAUGUUUGUUGAAGCUAGUGCAAAGACAGGGCAUAAUGUAGAGGAAGCUUUCUUGGAAACUGCAAAGAAAAUAUUCCAAAGUAUACAAGAUGGACGAUUGGACCUAAACGCAGCAGAGUCUGGUGUACAACAUAAUCCCAGUCAACCGGGUCGCACCAGUCUUCAAGGUGUAUCUAAUGAACAGCAGGGUGGGAAGGACUCCUGCUCCUGUUAGGUCUUAUUAUUUGUUUGUAUAUAGAUAUAUUAAUUGAUCGGUACUAUUAAUGCAUAUAUGAUUUGUACUAAGUGUAGCUGAUCAGAUUAUCUCGUAGCCUGUAUCCUCCCUUUGAUAAGCAAAGUCUACUUAAAAAACGAAAUGGAAGACGGAAUAUAUUCAAAUUCCUUUUUUUUGCGUCAAUUUACAGUGAUAUCGAUACAAUAUAGAGACGUAAGUCAUAAAAGUGAUUCCAAUAAUGCUACUAGUUUUUGACGCGGCAAGAGUCAGCCAUCUAUCUAUGAAACGGUUUUUGUAUAAUUAUUGCAACUUCUAUACUAUUUCCAUAUAGGUAUUUUAUACAUUUUAUGCAUUUUGUUUUGAAGCAGUCAAGAUAAAGAAAAAUAAUUUGUUUCGAAUAUACAUGCGUAGAAGCUGAUCAAUAUAUUUCCCAUAUGUUUGACUGAAAAAUUCUGCUGAACGACGUGGACACGAGUGAUGAAAUUUAUAUAUUUAACUAAUUUAUAUUUGCAUGGGAGGAUUACAUAUUUGUUGUAACAUGCAAAGUUCUUGCUUUAAGAAAUUUAAUCAAUGAAAAUUAACAAAUUAUAAACAGUCAUAUAUUUCAAUCACUUUUUAAACCUUUAUUCGGUAAGAUAUGCACAUUUAUGUAUGUGGGCUUUGUGAUUUCAAUUAUCUGUAAAACUAAUUAUAGGUAGAAAGAAAAACUAGAGGGAUCAAAAAAAAA